AUGUGCGCUGAUACGUGUAGUUUCCGCGCAGACAGUGGCAUACAACAAAACCAGCCGGUGGGCAGAGAUUUCCUGGGCCUUGAUUUGACGGUUCAUAGGGGGGAGAAAGACUCAAAACGAUAUUGUGUGAGAGUGGUGAGUUGGUGGCGGGGCGCCGGGGGGGACGAGAAACGUAGAACGGCGACUGACGAGUACUGCUACAACGGCUGCUUUCCAGGUUGGCAACUUGCAACAAUGGCCUACUGA